AUGAUCGUGUUUUACAUUGUGUCACUCGUUUUCAUCUUUGUGAGCCGCUCUCUGACAGACGGCUUUGGAUUGCGACUCGUUGGCGUGAGCGCCUUUGCUCUGGAUACGCGGACAAGUCGGAUAUGGGAGGAGAAUAGCGGCAUGAUUCAAGAGAUUGCGCAGCAGAGGUUGUGCGAAGAUGGGACUGCACCAAAGUUGGCAAAGAUUCAACUGGAUGGCGAGCUCACGACAUAUGAACUUCAAUGCAACGAAGGCUCAUGGAGGAAUACAUCUAUGGAAGCCGGAGAGCUGUACAAGCGACAGGCCACUACUCUGUGUACGACAUCUUGUACGCAAGAUUGUUUUCAUCCCGCCGACUAUAAUCCCGAUCCAAAGGACUGUAAAAAUAUUACGGCGAACCUUAGGGCCAGAAAAAGUACCUGGAAUGUCUCAGUUGGAGGAACAAAAGUUAUUCAGUGGAAAACGUGCAUAUACACAUUCACAAAUAAAGCACGUAGUACACUCAAUUUCUGUGAUACGGCCUGGGCAUCGAUUGGCGAUUCCAUUGCGUGGACCUGUGGACGAUGGCUACCAGACCCAGCCAAGGGCGGAAUCUGCAGCCACUCCAACUUUGACGUUACGGCUGUUCGAACACCUAAUAUGCCAGGGCCUAGCUAUACUAUCUCCUUUUCCACCGUCGGGUACACGGCGUUGAAUCCGUCGUCGUCUUCUUCGUCCUCUAGCUCUAGUUCUACUUCUUCAACGUCAACAUCGUCGACGCCAUCACCGUCUUCAUUGCAAUUGAGCGGCUCAACAAAUGGUACCGAGGCUACAAAUGGAGUUUCUACAUCAGAAUCGAGCACGACGUCCCAGAGCGCCAGUUCGUACGAGAUCAUUGAUGGAUUUGUGGCCGAUUCCACGGCAGGAAGUGGCUCGACACCCGAAACCUCGAGCUCAUCGACGAGUAGCAAUGCACAGUCUGGCGAUAGAACGAGGACUCAUACAGCGGAGAUUAUUGGUGGAACGAUUGGGGGUAUUGCGGUCGUGGCAUUCCUGAUAGCUGCUUUCUUUAUCGUGUGUCGGCUCAAGCGCCACGAAAAGAUGAGAAAGGACCUAUACCUGCCGUCGCCCUACGCCUCGUCUCCUCGACCGGCCUCGUCUGUUGCGAACAGUGAACCGUUUAGAAUCCCAGCUAGCACAGUGUUCAUGAUGGAACUCGACGCUCAAAACGAAAAGGCUGAGCUGGCUCGAGAGUACGGCACUUUGCAGAGGGGAGAGGAAACAUGGGCGCCCGUCGCACCGAGUGAUCUCGACAGCUCGACAGUCUCAGAAGAGUCGGUUGUUGAACAUCACUCACCUGAAGGCGUCCCAAGGCCGGCAGCUGCAGCGCGUACGGUUGAGGCGAUACUUGUGGCUGCUGCACCUCCGGGAAUGUCGCGAGAGGAGAUCAAUCUGUUCGCUGCAAACUUUGCCUCGUUAGUGAGAGGACGUCAGCAGCCGGGUGAAGAACCCCAGGACGAAGGGGACAGGGGUGCGAGCGAGAUUCGACAACCACCACCUUAUCCACAGCAGUAA